GUCAGUACGGCUCUUCCUCAUUAGGCACAGGAAGUGUCCCUGCAGGGAGCACCCUGUCCGACUGUGCUUUGGGUCUACAUCACUGCUUACAGCACUCUCUUCACUGGGCAUAUUAGUAUUCUUUGCUGCCCAGCUUAUUCUCUCCGCUUUGUACCACUCCUCUGCAGGGUCAUCAUUCUGCUUUUGUGUCCUGUAUCAAUACUUUUAUUUUAAGGGUCACACCUUUAAGGAAACAAUUGGAGAUGGAACUUUGGAGACAUUGUGCCCGCUGGUUAAUCCAGUGCCGUGUGCUCCCACCCAAUCAUCGUGUAACCCUGGACACUGCACAGGUGUGUGAUCUUGCUCAAGCGCUGAGAGACGGUGUACUGCUCUGCCAACUCCUCAACAACUUGAUGCCCCAUUCAGUCAACCUACGAGAAAUUAAUGUGCGGCCCCAAAUGUCUCAGUUCCUUUGUCUGAAGAAUAUCCGGACAUUUCUAUCAACCUGCAGUGACAAGUUCGGAAUGCGCAGAGCAGAUCUGUUUGAGGCUUUUGAUCUAUUCGAUGUCAGAGAUUUUGGAAAGGUUAUCGACACACUGUCUAUUUUAUCAUGGAAUCAGAUUUCUCAGAGUAGGGGCUUUGAGCCAUUCCCUACUGAGGACCUAGUUUCUGAUGAAGAUAUCUACAAUGGUCUCUCGGAUCAGAUUGAUGACACUGGGGAGGAAGAUGAAGAUCUUUAUGACUGUGUGGAUAUGGAGGAAGAAGAAGGAAAUGAAAUUUAUGAAGAUCUAAUGAAAACAGAGGAACCACCUAUGCCAACAAGAGAUGUGAAAAUGACUACAGAUGAUAUGAGAAGAUGUUGCCUUCAGGAACUGCAUCAGACAGAGGAGAAAUACACUGAUACCUUGGGAUCUAUCUGCCAGUAUUUUAUGAAGCCACUUCAGACAUUCCUUUGCAGACAAGAUAAUGACAACAUCUUCAUCAACAUUGAGGACCUACUUACUCUUCACCAAAGCUUUCUUGCAGAAAUGAAGGGAUGCCUCUUAAACAAAAACCAGAAUCAGAAUCUGUACCAGGUGUUCUUGCGAUACAAGGAGAAGUUCCUAAUCUAUGGUACAUACUGCAGUCAAGUGGAGUUUGCCACCAAACAACUAGAACAGACCUCACAGACCCAUGAAGGUGUCAGGAUGAGGUUGGAGGAAUGCUCACAGAGGGCUAACAAUGGUCGGUUUUCUUUACGAGACCUGCUGAUGGUACCAAUGCAACGAGUCCUUAAAUAUCAUCUAUUGUUACAGGAAUUAGUAAAACACACAACAGAUCCAACAGAAAAAGAAAAUCUGAAGCUGGCACUUGAUGCAAUGAGGGACUUGGCUCAAUGUGUCAAUGAAGUAAAGAGAGACAAUGAAACCCUGAAGCAAAUUACAAAUUUUCAACUGUGCAUUGAAAAUCUGACUGAUUCUCUAGCACAGUAUGGACGACCAAAGACUGACGGAGAGCUUAAAAUCAAUACUGUGGAGAAGAAAUCAAAACUAGACAGGUAUGCUUUCCUCCUGGACCGCGCACUGCUGAUAUGUAAGAGGAAGGGGGAUACAUUUGACUUAAAAGAAUUUAUACAUCUUCAGUCUUACCAGAUACGUGAUGAUUCCUGCAUGGAACGCGAAAACAAGAAGUGGUCACAUAUGUUCCUGCUGAUUGAUACAAAGGGAUCUCAUGGCUAUGAGCUUUUUUUCAAGACAAGAGAUCUGAAGAAAAAAUGGAUGGAACAAUUUGAAAUGGCCAUAUCUAAUAUUUAUCCAGAAGAUGCCCUUGCAAAUGGACACGAUUUUCACAUGUAUUCAUUUGAAGAGACUGCCACAUGCAGAGCUUGCCAAAUGCUACUAAGGGGCCUGUUUUUUCAGGGCUACCGCUGCUGUCGAUGUAAGGUCCCUGCUCACAAGGAAUGCCUGGGCCGAGUGCCGUGCUGUGGAAAGCAAGAUUCUGGUUCUUCAACAAACAAAAAGAAGCCUGGCAGAGGAGCCUAUAGCAAAAAGCCAGACUCUGGACUCACAAAGAUGGAAACCUAUCAGGAAUAUUCUGGGGUCCCUCCUCCCCCUAUUGCAUUUGGUCCUCCUCUACAAAUGGAAGUGGGAGCUAUAAUAGAACUGACAAAAGCAGAAGCUGACCAGUACUGGUGGGAGGGUAGAAACACAUCUAGUAAUAAGAUUGGCUUCUUCCCCUGCAGUCAUGUGAAACCUUAUGUGUCUAGCCCAGUGCCGGAUCUGUCUAUAUAUGCCUGGCAUGCAGGACCCAUGGAAAGGAAAGAAGCUGAACAACUCCUCUCUAAUCGAUCUGAUGGGACAUUUCUGGUCAGACAGAGGGUAAAAGACUCAGGGGAAUUUGCCAUCAGCAUCAAAUUUAAUAUGGAGAUUAAACAUAUGAAGGUGACUGCUCAGGACGGGCUCUGGAGACUUACAGAAAAAAGAGGAUUCAAAGGUCUACCGGAGUUGGUUGGGUUUUACCAACAAAACACAUUAAAAGACUGCUUCAAACUUCUGGACACAACAUUACAAUUUCCAUACAAGGAGCCAGAAAACAAAGAAACUCACAAAACUGACAAAAGGAUGAAAUAUUUUGGCUCUGCCCGAGCUCGUUAUGAUUUCUGUGCAAGGGACAGGACAGAGUUAUCUUUAAAAGAAGGGGACGUCAUCAGAAUUCUAAGCAAGAAAGGACAACAGGGUUGGUGGAAAGGAGAGGUAUAUGGCAAGAUCGGGUGGUUUCCUUCAAAUUAUGUGGAGGAUGAUUUUUCUGAAUACUGCUGAGUGAAAGACCCCACAUUUGCACAGGACAACUACUCUUAAAGAUCAUUAUUUGGGCGGUUUGAGGAGUAAAGAAAGUUUGCCACAGUCAAGUUUGUCUUCACACUAAAUAAAAGGACUACAUGAUGAAUGUAGGGAUUAGCAAGAUGGCAGACUGCCUCUUAAGACAACUUCUUCCUGCUCUACAAUUUUACAAAAUCAUAUGCUCUAUUCAUGGAUUAUUUUUUGUUUGCUAAACCAUAAACCUGGAGAAAAAAAAACAGAAACUUGAUGUGACAUUACUCAUCUUUUGACAAUAUCUAGAAUAACUAGUACCUAUAUAUACCCAUCACUCUCAGUAGAUACAGUGAGAUAGGUCUCAUUGGUAAAUUAAUUUAGAACAAGAAAUAAAAAAAAAAGUUUUAAACUGGUUAAAUGGUAUGAAUUAAAUUUUUACAAAUAUUGUCAUUAAAGUAUUUUUUAAACCUGCCAAAA